AAUAAUCAUGCCUCAAACCUCAUUGCUUCUCAUCCUGGCCUCGUUGCUCCUCCUCUGCCGCUUCGCACACGCCGAUUGCGAAACGGCCACAUGCGGGGAGGUCACCGUGAAGUACCCAUUCUGGCUGAGCGGCCCUGAUCUCAAUCGGUCGGCGUCGCCCGCUGCCUCCUGUGGCCACCCGGCCUUCGAGGUGUGGUGCAGCAAUUAUGGUGUGGCGUCCUUGAAGGGAUCGCAAAUCCUCGUCCUCACCAUCGACUACACCAACAGCUCAUUCAUCACCUCCCACAAAAGGGUCGCCGACGGCAGCGACGGCGUGUGCCGCACCGACUUCAACAUAUCCUCCAGCCUAGCCCUCAGCCCGUUCACGAUCAGCAGCAGAAACCGCGCCAUCUGCUUCCUCUACGGCUGCAACGGCACGGGGCCACCGGAGGUCGACAGCCUUGUGAACGCCACCUCCGGCUGCGGCAAGCCCAUCUACGCGUACCUCGGCGGGAGCUUCGACCGUGACAAGCCACCGGCGAUCCAAGCCGGGAACUGCACGUACUCGUACCUGCCGGUGCUGGGGUCGGAGGCGCCGGUGAACUUGACGCCGGCGACCAACUACAGCCGGCUCUUCAAGGAUGGGUUCGCGCUGGAGUGGCCCAAGAACGGGUUCGGUGACUGCGAUGCCUGUAACGCGAGCGGUGGGCAGUGCCGAUACAACAACGACUCCGCGGCGUUGGAGUGCCUCUGCCCCGGCGGCAAGCUCAGUGGGACGACAUGCGCCGGAAGCCGAAGAGCCACGGUCUUUAUAUCUUUGUCGUGUGGAACAGCAGCUGCAAGCUUGCUCUUACCAUGUAUAUAUGUGCUCGUAUGGCAUAGGGAGGGGAAAAAACUACGGUAUGUCCUGUGCACAAAGGCUAGCAGCACCAGUGAAAAGAACAUUGAGAACCUAAUAGUAUCUUAUGGAUCCCUAGCUCCAAAAAGAUACAAGUACUCAGAGGUCACGAAGAUAACAUCAUUUCUUAAUAAUAAGCUUGGAGAAGGAGGUUAUGGUGUCGUAUUCAAAGGAAGGUUACAGGAUGGUCGUCUAGUUGCUGUGAAAUUCCUACGUGAUUCAGAAGGAAAUGGAGAGGAGUUUGUGAAUGAAGUCAUGAGCAUUGGAAGGACCUCUCAUGUCAAUGUUGUCAGCUUAUUUGGGUUUUGUCUGGAGGGCUCAAAACGAGCUCUUCUUUAUGAGUACAUGUCCAAUGGUUCUCUAGACAAUUACAUUUACUCAGAAAGUCUCAAGGAAAUUCUGGGAUGGGACAAACUUUACAGAAUAGCAAUCGGAAUUGCUCGUGGGCUAGAAUACUUGCACCAUGGUUGUAAUACACGAAUCGUCCAUUUUGAUAUAAAGCCUCAGAAUAUCCUUCUAGAUCAGGAUUUUUGCCCAAAGAUUGCUGAUUUUGGUUUAGCUAAAUUAUGCCAAACCAAAGAAAGCAAGCUUACAAUGACAGGUGCUAGAGGAACAAUUGGAUUCAUCGCUCCUGAAGUUAUCUAUCGAACCUUUGGAAUAGUUUCAACAAAGUCAGAUGUGUAUAGUUAUGGAAUGAUGUUGCUAGAGAUGGUCGGAGGCCGAAAAAAUGUCAAACAGAUGGUUGAAAAUUCUAGUGAGAAGUAUUUUCCAGAUUGGAUUUAUGACCACUUUGCUCUAGAUGAUGGACUACAAGCUUGUGAAGUCACAGGUGAGGUUCAGGAAAUUGCAAAAAAGAUGAUUUUAAUUGGCUUGUGGUGUGUUCAAGUAGUACCUAUGCAUCGCCCAACAAUGACCCAGGUUUUAGAUAUGUUUGAGAGAGGUUUGGAUGAACUGGAAAUGCCACCGAAGCAAAAUUUCUGUGAAUUACUAGAACAUCCGAUUCAAAUGCGGAAUACAGACAGCACAAGUUGUGCUAGAAGUUCCAAAGAUGCCCAAGCUGUUAGCGAAGUGCUAAAGGUUGAGGAGAUAAGCUUAGUGAAUUCAGAAAAUACUAUAGGGACUACCAACUCUGCGAAAAGAUGAACCUACAGCAUUAAGAAAUUAAGACACCAGGAUCGGAUUUUGACAUUAUAUCACAACACAUUAACGGAAUUUCUUAGUGUGUUUAAGGCAUUUGAAUCUAAGCUAUUGCCGUUUCAAUCUUUCAUGUUUUAGUAAUGAUGUGGCUACGGCCAUGGCUGCAAUAUCUGUAAGAUUUAAUUGGGUAAUUGAUCUAUUUAAAUCAAUUAAAUCAAAUAAUUUUCAAGGAUCAUUAUGCUAAGAGUUAUAUGUGUUAAAUACCUCAUGGGUAAUCAAGG